UGACUACGACACAGCACAAUAAUCUUUGAUCUUCCGAUUAGAAACAAAUUGAAGUCCAGUCUACACUUUGAAUAAUCAAGAAAUGGAAGAAGAGGGAAAGAAGAAGGUGAUGGUAGCAAUUGAUGAGAGCGAUUGUAGCCACUACGCUCUCAAAUGGGCUCUUGAAACUCUCGGUGAUACCAUCUCCAAUUCUCAAUUUAUCCUCUUCACUGCACAGCCUGCUGAUUUUAUUUAUGUUUAUGCUUCCACUUACGGUGCUGCUCCUCCGGACUUGAUAACUUCGAUGCAAGAAAAUCAAAAGAAGGUUGCAAUUGCUCUACUCAACAGAGCGAAGGAGAUCUGCACCCAGCAUGGGAUUGAGGCCGAGACAUUGACAGAAGCUGGGAAUCCUAAAGAGGUAAUUUGUGCAACUGCUGAAAAGCUCAAUGUCCAAUUGCUUAUAGUAGGCAGCCACAGCCGUGGAGCAAUAAAGAGGGCUUUCCUGGGAAGUGUCAGCAAUUACUGUGUUCAUAAUGCUAAGUGCCCUGUACUGGUGGUGAGGAAACCAGCUUGAAGAUUUAGAAGCUACUUUAAGAGCUGAAGCUCAAUGCAAAAACAGCUCAACUCCAGUUCUGAGAAGAUCAGAAAUCAUGCUGUGUUUUCGAUACCUACUUGUUAUUUGUAAGUAAUUGUUCAAAGCUGUUUGAUAUGAUUGUAAUUAAGUUCCGUAAAAAGACAUUGAAUUUGUAAUGAUACAAAUAAGUUAAUGUGGCUUCGUCAGUUUAUCUUCCUCACUUU